CGGCUUUUCACUACAAAAUAUAACAAAGUGAUUUUGUUAAUUACAUUUAAUUAUACGGUAUAAAAAUAUGGAUUAAAUUCUUCAUAAGGGCGAUAACUUCUGAGCACAAGAGUGAUACAAAGGUCAAGUAUUUAAUUCUUGUGUGUUGUGGACGUGGACGUGCAAGUAAGUUUGAUUGAUAACGUGAGGCAGGUAUCGCAAGGGCACGUUUUUUAAGUGUUGUGACGUAAUAGCUCACGUAAUGCCAACUAGGUCAACUCUUGAUCACGUGGUUGUUAGUUUAGUGUUGGAAAGUAGGUGGCAGCACAAAUAUUUUGUGAUCAGGGACUUUCGUGCAUGUUAGUUGACCGAGAUUCUAGAGCUAGGGGGCCGUCCACAAGUUGCCGGAUCAGAAGUUGCCGGGCCGGAAAAUGCCGGACGACAAGUUACCGGCCGACAAAUUGCCGGCAAACAAGAUGCCGGCAAACAAAAUGCCGGUUGACAAAGGCUGGGCUUGGGUGAUCCUGAUUGGCAGCUUUGGCGUCCACUUCCUGGUGGUUGGUUUCCUACGGUCGUUUGGGAUGUUGUUCGUGUUGUACAGGGAGGAGUUUGGUGCCAGUGCUGGGGUCACGUCACUCAUCAGUGGAGUCCAGGCCUGUAGCUAUAGCGUGGCGACUCUAGUAGUGGUCAACCUUUUAAUGAAGUUCUACCCUGCUCGAACUUUGUGUCUGAUAGGCUCUGUCCUGCAGGCUCUAGGCAUAGGCUUGACCAUGUGCAUUUAUGACAUCAACUACAUGGUACUCACACAGGGCUUUCUGCAUGGUGUGGGUCAAGCUUUACUGUACUGUCCAACCCUAGUCACGCUCAGCGCUCACUUUAAUAAGAAACGGCCCAUAGCAACCGCCAUAGCAACGUGUGGCGUCAGCGUGGGUGGCAUCAUGUUUCCGGUCAUGAUACGCUACCUUGUGGAGAGUUACGGAUUCAGGGGCGGACUACUCCUGCUCUCAUCUCUCGUCCUACAAUUGUGUGUCUGCUCGUCCCUGUUCUAUCAGUUCAGCGACCCCAAUGAUGAUCCCUAUACCGACCCCAUCAACAACCCCGAUAUCGACCGCACCCAUACACACAACAACCCUUACGGUGAUCCCUACACCGACCCCACUACUGACCCCCACAUCGACCACCAUCACCCCUACUGCGACCACAUCAACAGCGACCAAACCCAUGAAGAAGAAUACACAACUGCUGUUCCACUGGAAAUGAAAAAACUAAACAGGCUUGUAAAACGAAAUAAGAACUGUGAGGAAUAUGUUACCACACAUCCAACAAUGCUUGAGUCUCACAACCAAAGGGACAUAACUGGAGCACAGGAGCCAGACGAGAGUUAUCGUUUGCUAAAUGAUGAGUCACCUCAGGCAGACGACAAACCCCAGCAAACGUCUGCUGGGCACCAAGAAUGUGACUGGAACAAACGGCCAGGUGUUCGAAACGGGGCAUCAAUGUCUGGAACCAACUUCUGUGACAAGGGGGAGGUCACUUCAGGCAGUCAUCUCACAGGGAAAAAUUCAACUGAAGCCAUAGAUAGAAAGGGAGACAACUCAUUCAUUCAACCAAAAAAUAGAAUAAGGUCAGCCAAAGUAUUGAGGGCUAGAUGCAGGUGUAAAAUACCAGCGAAGAUGAAAACAGUCACAUUCUGGGUUACUGCCCUUUACUUCUGGGCGGGUGGGAUCGCGUCAUCAAUGCCGUCAGUCUUCCUGCCGCCACUGGCAGCAGAGAAGGGCAUGACGCCGGAUGACGCGGCGCACCUGCUCAUGACGUCAGCUGUGACGGAGAUCGUCGGACGUUUGACCCCAGGCCUGAUCCUCCAUGUUGACCUGAUGCGACCAUCGACCGUUGUCAUCGCUCCCCUCAUCACCAGCGCCGUCGUCUACAUGUUGACGAGUUUCUACAACACCUUCCUGGCCCUGCUAAUGAUGGCCAUCGUAUCGGGUUUCUGUACUGGAACAUACUGGGCCAUGCAGAGUCUGGUUGUGAUAGAACUUUUUGGGUUCAGUGACCUUGGCCCAGUUCUUGGCUUCUACUCCAUCACUGUGGGCGUUGGCACCGGCUUGUCGUACCCCCUGGCAGGCUACUUACGCGAUGUUUCUGGUACCUACAUCAGCUGCUACAGCUACUUUGGCGGGAUGUAUGUGCUGGCUGCAGCCACAAUGAUUGUCGUACAGUUCAGCAGGACCCGAGUCCUAGAGGACAGUCAGGACAUGGGCAGUCAGGACAGUCAGGACAGUCAGGACAGUCAGGACAGUCAGGACAGUGGCAAGGCUAAAGAUUUAACUGACAUGGACCUGUAAACUUUACGCGGAGCUGUAGCACGGAGCUGUAGCAUGGAGCUGUAGAGCUAAACAGGGGCUGUAGCACAGAGCUGUAGCACGGAGCUGUAGAGCUAAACAGGAGCUGUAGCAUGGAGCAGUAGCACGGAGCAGUAGCACGGAGCUGUAGCAUGGAGCUGUAGCACGGAGCUGUAGCAUGGAGCUAUAGCAUGGAACAGUAGCACGGAGCUGUAGCAUGGAGCUAUAGCAUGGAGCAGUAGUGGAGCUGUAAAGCUAAACAGGAGCUGUAGCAUGGAGCUGUAGCAUGGAGCUGUAGCAUGAAGCUGUAGCACGGAGCAGUAGCACGGAGCUGUAGAGCUAAACAGGAGCUGUAACACGGAGCUUUCGAGCUAAAUAGGAGCUGUAGUACCAACACAGAAAUAUAGCGUGGAGCUGUAACAAGGAUCUAAAAUGCUGCCACGGAUCUGUAGAACUAAAACGUAGCUGUAGAGCUAGUAUUGACCGUUGUCAGUUUAACACUACUUUUGACCCGGUGUGUCAUUGAUAUAUUACAUCGCUGAUUGUCUUACACUGAUUGUGUUUACACUGAUUGUGUUUACACUGAUUGUGUUUACACUUAUUUUGUUUAUACUGAUUAUUGCUUCAUCCUUUUAAAUAUAUUGCCAUUACAUAAAAUAAAAUUAUCACAAUUUUUACAUGAUUUUUUUUUGUGACGUAUCAUUUUUGUGAC